CGGACCUGUCCGACAUGGUUUUAUGUCCGCUUUCAUUGCUUCAGGUCACUGAAGAUUUUAGUUUCUAAAGCUUGACUUAACCGGAGUUCAUUAUUAUUAUUAUUAUUAUUGUUAAUAUUAUUAUUUAUUAAUAUUUUUAUUAUUAACGUUCAGGACGUAAGCGAUUACUUUUACUGUUGCUCUGUGUAUAUAUAGGAUUAUUUCAGAUAACGUUACACUAUAAAGAAAAUGAGUUUAGUGAUUUAGGUUAACCAGUCCUAAAUGCUUUUUAAAAAGACGGGUCAACAUCAAACCAGCUUUAAUUGUAUGUAGCAUUCACUAAAUUGACUGUUUUUCUCUAGAUAAUUAUUAAGAUUAUAUUGUAAGUGUGCGGUCCGUUUAAUGGUGCCGUCUGAAUCAAUAAUAGUAGGGAUAAGUCUUCUCUUUGCAUCUCCUCGUUAAUUGAAGAAAUAUAGCCUGUAAUCUGUUACUACAGUGUCAUAAACUGGUCUUGUAGUCCAAACCGUAUUGACUUUAUCUUCUCCAAGGCUAUAUAUUACGUGGACCCUUUACGUCAUGGGUAUAUAACAUUUCAACUGUGAAUUGGACUCGACUCCCGCUCAUUUCUUGCAUAAAUGGAUGAUGACUCACCAGAUGAGGUGUUUACUGACUUCAGGACCAGACACCUUGGAGGUUGGGGUGUUGUGCAGAUAGCUGCUGGCACUGGGCUUGCUGUCUAUGUGAUGUGGGUUGGAGUCCUUCAGCCUGGCUUUCGGAGGGUACCACUGAAGCUACAGGUCCCUUACAUCCCUGCCAGCAAAGCACAAGUAAAAAAUGUGAUGACUUUGAUGAGAGGUCGAACAGGUGAUCUAGUCGAUUUGGGAUCUGGUGAUGGUCGUAUUGUUUUGGAAGCCUAUCAGCAUGGCUUUAGCCCAGCUGUUGGCUAUGAGCUCAACCCCUGGCUUGUUCGGCUAGCUCGCUUUCAUGCCUGGAGAGCAGGUUGCUAUGGAAAAGUGUCAUACAGACAAGAAGAUCUCUGGAAGGUCGACUUGUCAAAAUGCAAGAAUGUCACAGUGUUUCUGGCUCCAAGUGUGCUGUCUUUAUUACAGAAGAAGUUGCAGGUUGAGCUUCCGGAUGAUGCCUUAGUAGUGGCCGGCCGUUUCCCCUUCCCAGACUGGAGUCCUUGCAGGAUUGAGGGGCAGGGAGUGGACAGGGCCUGGUCGUACAGCAUGCAAGCACAACGACAGCACACAAGUCAAAAAAAUGAAAACCUCAGGCCAACAGUAAGUGAUUCUAACAAGAAACUGGUUCAGGAAUAACGAUGGACUUUGAAGAUAAACUGAUGCACUUAGUCAGAAUGGCAAAGGUUAAUAGACUGACUUUGGGUUAACCAUUCUGAACUAGUGAAGUUUUAGGACUCAGUUUGACAGUUAAAAAAAAUAAAAAAAACAAUAUACCCUCCUUAUGUCAUUUAAUUGUGACAUCAGUUAAUCUUUACAAAGUUUUCAAUGUUACACUCUUGUUUAUUUAUACAGGUGCUAAAUUAAGACGCUGGUUCCAUGGGUUUUAUUAGACAAAAUAAAACCCAUGGAAAAAAGGCUUGUGGAGUGACCAUUGGUAUAUUGAUUGAGCUUUGGAGCAAAUUUUACUAGAGAAUAGCUACUCUGCUUGAAAUCUCCUACUUUCUGGGUGUACUGUAAGUAUAUUUACUGUUCUGUGGAACUGGAUUUAUAUUAUUCAUUUUGUUUUGUUUUUUUUACUUGCCAUAUAUCAUAUUUUAGCUCAAAAUAUUCUGUUGUUAUUAAGGACAGUAAAAAUUGCUCUUGCAUUUUUUAUCUGCACCAUGAUAAAAAAAAAUUUUCAUGUGUUCUAUAAGUUGUUGUUUUGCUGUUUAAACUGUAUGCCAAUAACUGAUGAUUAAAGGUGCUGUGUUGUGACUUACGAUGUAGAUAAGUAUCAUACGUUGAUACGUUGAUAUCAUAUUUUGGUUACAAUGCAAGCAAUGGAAACCAGAUUCUUAUUUUCAUGAACAAAUAAAAUUCACAGUGGUGCAUUAAUUUUCGUAUUUAGCUCUAAUGUGUUUUUAUGUAUUACACACUUGUUUUUUGUGUAUUUUUUUCUGACAGAGAUAACCUUAUUUAUGAAACAUACUGUAUUUUUUUUCCUAAGCUAUAAAUAAAAAGUAUUGCUAUUAUCUUUCUAUGGCUAAUAAAUUACCUUUUAAUGCA